AUGAAACAUGCAAGCAUGAAGAAAUUUACUUCCCUGUCAUGUUUGGUUAUUUCUUUUCCAGGAAGGGGUAAAAGGAAAAUGAAACCCACCUUCUCCUUGUGUUUUCUGCUGGCUGGUUUGUAUUCUGUUGUCCAAUGUCAUCAGCAUCCUCGCUACCUCAAUAAACAGGACGAUUCUAAAGGAGCACGUUACCCAGGUAGCAGUUCUCACGGGGAAGGAGUUUUUCCAAAUAAAAACAAAACUUUUGUCAAAGUAGUUCACAGCAAUGCUGAUUUUGCAUUUUCAUUUUACAAGCUGGUUGCAUCCGAAGCAACUGAUCAAAAUAUUUUCUUUUCACCCAUAAGCAUUUCUGCUUCCCUUGCAAUGCUGGCACUGGGUGCCAAGUCAGCGACACUAACACAGAUUCUGGAAGGGCUUGCCUUUAACCUAAAAAAGACUCAGGAUCAAGAAAUACACGAAGGUUUUUGCCAGCUCCUCCGUAUGUUGAACCGUUCAGAAGAUAGUGAUCUUCAUCUAAGCCUGGGCAAUGUCCUUUUUAUAGAAGAGACACUGAAACCACUACAGAAGUUCUUGGAGGAUGUCAAAAGCUUUUACCAGUCUGAAGUCCUUUCUGCUGACUUUAACAACUCCUCUGGUGCUGAGAUCCAGAUCAACAGUUAUAUUGAAGAAAAGACAAAUAAGAAAAUUGUUAAACUAGUAGAAAAUCUUGAUCCUCUCACCGCAAUGGUUCUUGUUAACUACGUCUUCUUUAAAGCUCAUUGGCAGAAACCCUUCAGUGAUUCAUACACAAAAAAAGAAGAUUUUUUUGUGGAUAAGAAAACAUCUGUGAAAGUUGACAUGAUGUAUCGGAAAGGUUACUACAGAAAUUACUUUGAUGAAGAGCUGUCCUGUUGGCUGGUUCAGAUUCCUUACAAUGGAAAUGCUGCAGCAUUGUUUGUUUUACCUGAUGAAGGGAAGAUGAAACAGGUGGAAGAUGCUCUUUUGAAAAGAACUGUGGCAAAAUGGGAAAAGCUCCUCCAAGAUAGAAAAAUACACCUACAUAUUCCAAAACUUUCUAUUUCUGGUACCUACGAUGUGAAAAAGAUAGUCAGAGAAGUGGGUAUAAUUGAUGUAUUCACUGAACAAGCUGAUCUGUCAGGAAUUACAGAGGAUCCUGGACUGAUGGUUUCAAAAGUGAUCCACAGAGCUGUGCUAAAUGUUCAUGAGAAUGGCACUGAAGCAGCAGGAGUCACAGUGAAGGAGAUUACAUGGAGAUCUGGUGAUUUUUCUCGUCCUCCUCGAGUCAGAUUCAACAGGCCCUUUCUCCUGCUGAUUGUGGAUAAAUAUGCUCAUACCAUCCUCUUCAUUGGGAAAAUUGUAAAUCCUCUGUUGAAAAGUAUGAUGAAGGCCAUCCUCCUGCUAUACUUGCUGCUUGCCAUCCUUUACCCUGCAGUCCCCAGCAUGAGACAGACUGACCAUCACAAUGAAGAACCCAAGGUAACUCACCUCCAUGAGCAGCAUCCUCAUGAGGAAGAUUCUCUUGCUUUCUGCCAGCAUAUAAUACCCAGCAACACAGACUUUGCCUUCAGGUUUUACAGGCAAGCAACUGUCCAAGCACCUGGCAAGAAUAUUUUCUUCUCCCCAGUCAGUGUCUCUGCUGCCUUUGCCCUGCUGGCCCUCGGCUCCAGAGCCACAACCCAGGCUCAGCUGCUGGAGGGGCUGGCCUUUAAUCUCACCAACAACAGGGAGGAGGAGAUACACCAUGGCUUUCAUCAUCUCCUUCUCUUGCUGAACCGUCCUGGCAGCCAGGUGGAGCUGAGCAUGGGAAAUACCUUGUUUAUGGACAAACACCUGAAGCCACUGACAGCAUUUCUGAAGGACAUAAAAAAACUGUACAAAGCAGAAAUUAUUUCUAGUAACAUUCAGAAUUCUACUGAGGCUAAAAAAGAGAUCAAUGAUCAUAUAAAAAACAAAACCCAUGGGAAGAUAAAUCAAAUACUGAAAGACCUCAAUCCAAACUCUUUAAUGGUACUCGUUAACUAUAUUUAUUUCAAAGCCUACUGGGAAAAUCCUUUCAAUAUGAAGGGGACUCACACGGAUUAUUUCUAUGUGAAUGCAAAGACCUUGGUUGAAGUGAAGAUGAUGGUUCGAGAUAGCUUUUAUGACAUAUAUUCUGACAAGAAGAUGUCAUGCAAGGUGGUGAGGAUUCCUUACAAGGGAAAUGUUUCAGCAUUGUUCAUUCUGCCCAAUGAAGGAAAAAUGAAAUGGCUGGAGGAUGGUCUGAUGAAAGACACGCUGUCUAAAUGGGAAAAAUCACUUGAAAGACGGAGGAUGGAAGUGCAUAUUCCAAAAGUAUCCAUUUCUGGCACCUAUGACUUAAAGAAGAUAUUCAUGAAUCUGGGUGUAAUAGAUGUGUUUUCUGACCAGGCUAAUCUGUCUGGAAUCACAGGAAAGUCUGAUCUGAAGGUUUCAAGAGCUAUUCACGAGGCUCUGCUGAACAUUCACGAGAAUGGCACAGAGGCUGCAGCAGUCACUGGCACAGAGUUUGCUCCUCAUUCUGUUCCUCCUGUUAUAAAGUUCAACCGUCCAUUUUUGCUGUUGAUUGUUGAUCAAUACACUCAAAGUAUCCUCUUCAUAGGAAAAAUUGUAAACCCACUGAAAAAUGAUUGAUCAAUGGCAAGUCUUAUUGAUUUGAUUUGCAUGUAUCAUUAAUAGUCUGAUGUAAUUAAAAUUAUAUCAAAUCUUUUA